CGUGUUCUCCCCAUGGCACAAAUGCACAUCUAUAUGUGUAUGUGUGCGCAACAUGUCCUGCUGCCAUCCACAUUCAGUCUCUAUCUCGUCGCCCCGUUUUCCGCACGUCAAUCUUCUACCACACUUGGCGACGGGUCGUGUUCUGGUUUUGACUCAACCCUGACCCUGGCGCCUUCUUCCGACAGGUCCGGAGUUUGGUUCCGACCUACACACGUUCACCCAGCGUUAGAGAUGACAUGUUGUGUCCAUAUCGGACCCAUCGAAAACAUCUAG